AUGUGGAUUAGACGAUCACAUAUUCUCGCUCCACUCAAUGGUGUUAAAUGGCACUGGGGGCAAGUCGAACAACAAGCCUUCAAUAAUAUCAAACGUGUAAUGGCAAAAGAAACUUUGCUACACUAUCCUGACUUUAACAAACCUUUUGAAAUCCACACUGACGCGUCCAAGUAUGAGACUGGUGCUGUUAUCACGCAAGAUCCCAAACCAAUUGCCUUCUACAGUCGCAAGUUGCGAGAUGGCCAACACAAUUACACAACCACUGAACGUGAGCUGUUAGCAACCAAUUCUCUUGGGACACAAGAUUAA